AGACACUUCGGACUUAUACUUCGCUCUAAACAACAAGCAUGAACUUGAUGUUCUUCACACAUAUACUCGUGAUAUUCUUAAUGCUGUCAAUCUGUGUCUUCGAUGCUGCUGAUGCAAAGAAGAAAAAGAAGCCGAAGAAGAAGAAGGUUAUGACUAAAAUUAAAAUUAAAAGAAGGAAUUAGAAUCCCGUUUUCGUAUAAAGGCAUCAAAUCUACGAUCUUUAUCUAUGUAUGUAUUCAGAAGGUUACAUCUGUUACCGUUUGUGUGAAAACUACUUGCUAAGCUGGCGGAUUUGCUUGUCAUCAUAUAGCACAUGCUACAGUUCUGGACAUAAUUUUAAAGCCACUCUUAGAAUUGUCGUAGUUUUCGUUCUUGUCAAUGAAUCUGUC